AUGGCGGCCGAAGUGAGCAUCGCCUUCAUGUUUCUGCUGCAGACUGGGCUGGCGCUGCUCACCCUUCUCGCCGCCUCUUUCUGCGCUGCCUACCACUUCUUUUCCCAACCCGCGCCGCAGCUUUCGCGGGAUUACUGCAGCAAAGAGUGGGGCCAGCGCUUUGCUGCGGCGGCUCUUCACGGAAAAAGCCGCAAGUUGAAUUCGGCGCCGGCGGAGCCGCCGCGCGGCCGCCACGGCGGCAAACCCGGGCCCCAGGCGAAAGCGGCGAACAGCCCGCAGGGAGGCGGAGCUCGCGGCGAGGCCGCUGCGCUGCACUGCAGCCAGAAAGCAGCAAGGCGCUUCGCGCAGCAGCAGCAGCAGCAGCAGCAGCAGCAGCAGCAGGGGUUGUGGGGCCCCCAAGGGACAUUUGAACAGGCAGAAGCAGCUGCAGGAAUUGGCGACUGGCCCACAGCAGCAGUCCGCCCCAGCCAGCACCCCCAAGCCAACGCAUACGGCGCAGCAGCAGCAGCAGCAGCAGCAGCAGCAGCAGCAGCAUAUGGUUCUGCAGCACCCCACAAAAGGAGCUUCCACGAAGGCCGAAGCCUCGAGCUGCAGCCGCCGCCAGAGACAGCGCUGCUGCCCUCUUCUUGGCAGCAGCAGCAGCAGCAGCAGCAGCUAACAGAUCCAGCAGCAAAAUUCCCUACCCCCAGCUAUACCCACUUCUCGGGGCCCCCGGGGCCCCCGGGGGCCCCGGGGGCCCCUGCGAGCUGCCAGCCGGGGCAGUACCCUCUCGAGGCUUUUGCUGCAGCAGCAACGCAGUACAGCAGCAGCUACAGUGCUGCUGCUCGUGCUGCAGCGUGGCAGGUGCAGCAGGCGGGGGGCCCCGAGUUGCCUGCUGCAGCAGCUUUCGGGGGGGGCCCCUGGUGGCCCUUGGCCGACGGGCAGCAGCAGCAGCAGCAGCAGCAGCAGCAGCAGCAGCAGCAGCACAGCAGCACUGCUGCUGCAGGCCUCUGCAGCAUGCAGCACCCCGCAGCUUCCCGCUGCUCCGACCCCACACAGCCCCACAGCUUUCUUGCUGCUGCUGACUUCUGCGCUUCGGAAAGGCGGGCCCCUCUGGACUUGCAGCAGCCGGGGCCCCCAGCAGCAGCAGCAGCAGCAGCAGCAGCAGCAGCAGCAAGGGGCUGCGAGUUCCAAGUCCAAGACAUUUCGGAGCUUUCGCGUGUUGCAGAUGCAAUUGAAUCUCUUUUGAACAAUUCUGCAAAACGGGGAAGACCCGCGGGCCUCGAGGGAGAAGCUAGCAGCGCUGCUGCUGCUGCUGCUGCUGCUGCUGCUGCUGCUGCACAAGAAGCAUAUGCUGCUGCUGCAGCCAAACAGCGUAAGAGCGCCACUGCAGGGCAUCAGGAGUCUUUGCUUUCACCUCCGCCUACAGAGCUGCUGCCAGCAGCAGCAGCCGCUGCUGCCUGCAGCGCAGCAGCAGGGGGCCCGCUGGAGCCGCUGACUUCAAAAACAGAAAACAAAGAAAUAAAAGAAAUAAAAAAUGAUUUAAUUCCGCCAACAAAAAGAAGCCUCAGCGCUGCUGCUGGCUCCUCGCUCGCGGCGAGGAGCGGCGCGGAGCGGGCGAUCGGAAACGCAUUUCAACUUGAAACUUCGAAGAAACCUCGGGCAAAUGUGAUGACGAACAUUUUGCUGCUGGUUUGCAGGUAUGAUUUUUCGUUUUUAAAUUCAAAAACGGAAAUUAAAAGCCAAAUUAGCCACCAGAACAAGAACUACAAGGCCGGCAGGCUGCGCCUGAAGGACUGGUGCAGGCGACACGCGGGGAGUCUGUCGCCGGACCAAGUUUCAAACUUUUUCGAAGUGAAUCUCCUGAGCGAUCUCGUGAGCGAGUCGGAUCUGAAUGAAUUGCGGGAGAACUGCGAGCAGAAGAAGAGUCAAGUUGAACACAGGCCUCCGCAGAAGUGCAGGAGCUCCAGCAGCAGCUUCGAAGCAGCAGACGCUGCUGCUGCUGCUGCUGCUGCUGCUGCUGCUGCUUCCUGCAGCGCCGCGGGAAAGCCUGAGCCUUCGCUGCUUCUCAAAAACAAAACAAAUGAAAAAAAUGGAUUUAUCUCUUCUCGAAAAUCUGCAAAUGAUCCUCAAGUUGCAUGCAUUCAAGAAGAAGGCCCCCCCCUCUCAGCUUCCGUGUCCACUGCAGCAAGUGCUGAGCAGCAGCCGCACGCAGGCGCGGCGGAAGGCUGGCAGCAGCAGCAGCUGCUGCUGCAGGUGCAGCAGCAGCAGCUGCUGCUGCAGGUGAAGCCCGAAGCAGCAGCACGGGCGCCUGCAGCAGAGCAGCAGCGGGGACUUGAGGAGCUGCAGAAGAAGAAAAGGAAAGUCAGCGACACGCCAGCAGCAAAAGCGCCCCCCCGUGCUGCGCUGCAGACAGCUGCAGCAGCAAAUCAAACUGCCGCGUCUGGGAGUGCUGCCAGCAGCAGCAGGGACCCGCAGCAGCAGCAGCAGCAGCAGCAGCAGCAGCAGCUGCAGCAGCACGCAAACAAAGCACCCCAGAAGGGCCCCCAAGAUGCUGCCAAUGGCGGUGAAAUAAAGCGAACUUUGCAAAUGCCUGAAGCGCCGCCUUCUUUGCUGCCAGGCGCUGCAGCAGCAGCAGCAGCAGCAGCAGCAAGUGCUGCGGGGCAGCAGCGCAGCAAAAGGAAAGCUGCUGCAGCGGAAGCUGCUGCAGCUCCUCAGGGGGACACCCGGAGGUACAACACGAGAAACAAAGGAGUAAUUAAAAAAGAGAAAUAA